AUGGGAAUCGGAUCAGGAAAGAAGAGAAAAUUCGCCGACGCCAAUGGCGCAAAGGCUGCCGGGAAACGAGGCUCGGAAGCCACUUCAGUAAAAUCCACCACGAAGAAGACGAGGCCCGUUCCCGUGGAGGAGCCUACGGUUUCUGAAUCCGAAGACGAGUUUGCCAAAUUCAGCGAUGACGAAGAAAACGACAAGGAUGGCGAGGAAGUGGCAGAGGACGAGGACGAGGACGACAACGACCAGGACAGUGAAGACGAGCCCGCGAUAGUACCCGAAAAACCCAAGAAGAAGCAAAAGAAACAGGCCAAGGGCGAGGAAAAGGAGGCGGAGGCUCAAGCCACGAGCGAUGCCAAUGGGACCGAAAAGGAUGGCUCUGAUGUGGCUAUGGCGGAUCUUCCCGAGGGCAAGAGCCUCUACCUGCCGCCCGCGGCGGGUGAGGAACCUACCAAGUUCUCCGAGCUCAAUCUCUCGGAGAGGACGCUCAAGGCCAUAGGGGAGAUGGGCUUCACCGAGAUGAGGGGCAUACAGAGGCGGUGCAUCCCGCCGCUGCUCACGGGGCGCGACGUUCUCGGCGCGGCCAAGACGGGAUCCGGCAAGACGCUGGCGUUCCUCAUCCCCGCCAUCGAGAUGCUGUACUCGCUCAAGUUCAAGCCGCGCAACGGCACCGGCGUCAUCAUCGUGUCGCCGACGCGCGAGCUCGCGCUGCAAAUCUUUGGCGUCGCGCGGGAGCUCAUGGCGCACCACUCCCAGACGUACGGCAUCGUCAUUGGCGGCGCCAACCGGAGGGCCGAGGCCGAGAAGCUGGAAAAGGGCAUCAACCUCAUCGUGGCGACGCCCGGCCGCCUGCUCGACCACCUGCAAAACACAAAGUUUGUCUUCAAGAACCUCAAGUCGCUCAUCAUUGACGAGGCGGACCGCAUAUUAGAGAUUGGUUUCGAGGACGAGAUGCGGCAAAUCAUCAAGAUUUUGCCCAAGGAGGACAGGCAGUCCAUGCUCUUCUCCGCUACCCAGACGACCAAGGUCGAGGACCUGGCGCGCAUCUCGCUGCGCCCCGGCCCGCUCUACAUCAACGUCGACGAGGAGCAAAAGUUUAGCACCGUCGAGGGCCUGGAGCAGGGCUACAUCGUGUGCGAGGCCGACAGGCGCUUCCUCCUGCUCUUCUCCUUCCUCAAGCUCAACCAGAAGAAGAAGGUCAUUGUCUUCUUCAGCAGCUGCGCUUGCGUCACCUACCAUUCGGAGCUCCUCAACUUUAUCGACAUUCCCGUGCUCGCCCUGCACGGAAAGCAGAAGCAGCAGAAGCGGACCAAUACCUUUUUCGAAUUCUGCAACGCCAAGCAAGGCACGCUCAUCUGCACCGACGUUGCUGCCCGUGGCCUCGACAUCCCCGCCGUCGACUGGAUCGUCCAGUUCGACCCUCCGGAUGACCCCCGCGACUACAUCCACCGCGUCGGCCGAACCGCCCGCGCCAACUCCAAGGGCCGCUCGCUCAUGUUCCUCCAGCCCAACGAGGUCGGCUUCCUCACGCAUCUCAAAGCCGCGCGCGUCCCCAUUGUCGAGUUCGAGUUCCCGUCGAAAAAGGUCAUUAACGUGCAGUCCCAGCUCGAGAAGCUCAUUGCCCAAAACUACUACCUCAACAAGAGCGCCAAGGAGGGUUACCGCUCCUAUCUCCACGCCUACGCCUCCCACUCCUCCGCACCGUCUUCGACGUCAACAAGCUCGAUCUCGCCAAGGUCGCCAAGAGCUUUGGUUUCCCCGUACCCCCGCGUCGACGUCGUCGUCGGCGCCAGCGGCCGCGACGCCAAGGUCCAAGGCCGGCGGACGUACGGGAGCCAGCCCGGGAGGAAGAGGGAGGCCGCCACUGAGACAUUUAGGCGUUUGAGCAAGUGA